UGGCCCGGCCCCCCUCGGCAGGGGCCGGGUCCAAACUGCCCUCCCCCAGGAAGGAAUGCCACGGCACUGGCGCUGUGGCCGGUCGGGUCCGGGUGCUGAGCGUGGGGGAGAAGCUAAUGAGGGCCGGUAGCGACGGUAUCCUGAACAGACAGAAGUCUUUAAUGGUCGCCGGGCCUCAGGACAAGGCUCACACUCAGGCCCCCAGCCAGAGGCCAGGUGAGAAGGGAGAAAACAUGGAGAUGCUCCCUCCCAGGAGCAGGAUCAGCCCCCCCAAAGCCUCCGCUCAGCAGCAAGGCUCCAACCACAAACAAAACAAGAGCAACCUGAAGGUCACCUCACCGGAGGAUGCCGAGCGCGUGGGCCGCCGACAGGCCUCCCCAAACGGGACGCCGCCAUUGAGAGCAGACGCCAGAGGCAGCCGAACUGUCCCCCGGAGGCACACGUUAGGGGGAGCCCGCGGCUCCAGAGAGAUCCUCGCCAUGCAGCCGCCGGACAUGGACAAGAAGAGGGAGGCGUUCCUGGAGCAUCUGAAGCAGAAAUACCCCCAUCAUGCCUCAGCGAUCAUGGGCCACCAGGAGAGGCUGAGGGAGCAGAGCAGAAGCCCGAAGCACGGCCCCGGCGACCAGGUUGACCACCUCUCCUUGGCCUCCCUGGAGUCACUGGACGCCAUGUCAGAGAGCGACGCGCCAACCGGCUUCACCCGCGGCAGCCGAGUUCGUGCCAGCCUGCCCGUGGUGCGGUCCACGAACCAGACGAGGGACCGCUCACUAGGUGUGCUGUACCUGCAGUACGGAGACGAGACCAAACAGUUCCGGAUGCCCAACGAGGUGACCAGCAUCGACACAGUCCGAGCUCUGUUCGUCAGUGCCUUCCCGCAGCAGCUCAACAUGAAGAUGCUGGAGUCGCCCAGCGUGGCGGUCUACGUCAAAGACGACAUGAGGAACAUGUACUACGAGCUCAGCGAUGUCAGGAACCUCUCGGACCACUCCUGCCUGAAGGUCUACCACAAAGACCCAGCACAGGCGUUCAGCCACGGGCCGCGACCUGCCAACGGCGAUGCCAGGAUGCACAGUGAUGGACAGCACCCUCUGAGACAACCCCCCAUGGGUCCCCCAGGACACCAUCCAUUGCAGGGAGUGCUCCCCCAGAGUCCCCACUCCAUGCCCUCAUCCCCCUCCAGAAUCCCGUUUGGCUCUCGGCCGGUCUCCCUACCCGGCAGCGCCACUAUCCCGAGGGAGCGGCUGUCUAGUGCCAACCAAACGGUGCGCUCCAUCUCGCCCUGUCCCAGCGCUAUCCUGGAGAGACGGGACGUCAAGCCUGAUGAGGACAUGGGGGGGAAGAGCCACACUCUAGGCAGGGGAACCGAGGGGUUGUAUGCAGAUCCGUACCUGCUCCAGGAGGGACGACUGAGCUUGGCUUCUUCCCAUGGACCGCACCCCAACCCUGGGAUGGACAGUCCAGAUCAUGGAAUGGGGGGAUUCCACCGUGCCUCCAUUCGCUCCACGAGCUCUUACAGCGGACCCAGCCCCACAGACUCUAUGGAUCACCCCUCACUGUACAGGCAGAAGUCAAGAAACAGCCAGCUGCCUACGUUGGGCUCCAAGACCCCUCCUCCAUCGCCUCACCGAAUGUCUGAGGUACGGAUGAUUGACAUCCACGGCGGGCCACCUCAUGGUAUUCCUCCUCACGGGGUUCCUCCUCACGGUGUUCCUCCUCAUGGGGUUCCUCCUCACGGGGUUCUUCCUCAUGGGGUUCCCAUCGAGCGGAGCUCACCGGUGCGUCAUUCCUUCAGGAAGGAGGAAGUAGCAGGGACCAAGCCGCGGAACAACAUGGCCUCACCUGUGGUGGCGGACAUCCCGGGUCACCUCCAGGGGCCCAUUCCACCUGUUGUUGAACAUCAGACACGACAGCGAAUGAAGGCUAUGGAGCAACAGAUUGCCAGCUUGACUGGUCUUGUUCAGCAUGCACUUUUAAAGGGGCCAAACACUAGUGGCAACCAGGAGCCUCCAAGCGAGAGACCAGCGAAGACAUCAUCUCCAGCCCACAGUGCACACAGCUCAGGUGGUUCCCCCGUCUUGGCUCCUAAAACCAGCGCAGCUCCGUCAGACAAGCCCUCGGUUCCUCUCAAGGUCAACCUCCUGCAGUUCAGGAAGAACGUCUCUGACCUCAGGGUGCAGCUUCAUCAGAUGAGACAGCUGCAGCUCCAGAACCAGGAGGCGCUGCGGAUUCAGCUGAAGCGGGCCGAACAGGAGAUCAGUGUUAAACUGUUUGAGGCCAUGCGGCGUCUGGAGGACCCGGUCCAGAGGCAGAGAUCGCUGGUGGAAGAGGACAGGCACAAGUACCUGGGACUGGAGGAAUGUGUCCUCACUCAACUUGGUGACCUGGAGCAGUAUGUGGGCUCUCUGCAGAAGGACCCAGGAGCGACACACAGGGCUGUGACCCUGAAGGACGUGGAGGAGGGAGCAGUGACUCUGAGGAAGGUGGGAGAAUCUCUGGCAGGACUCAAAGGAGAGUUCCCGGCUCUGCAGACCAGGAUGCGGGCCGUGCUCCGAGUGGAGGUGGAGGCCGUCAAGUUUCUGAAGGAGGAGCCUCACAAACUGGACAGCAUGCUGAAGAGAGUCAAGAGCCUGACAGACACACUCAGCGGCCUGAGGAGACACACAUCUGAAGUUUCCCAGAAGGGUCUGAAUCCUUCUGCUCAUGUCCCAGUGGAUAACAGCCCUGCAGCAUCACAGCCUCUCGCUGAAUCCCCACCAGCACCAGCUCAGCCCAGCUCCCCCUCUCCUCCACUGGAUCCCCAGAACUCCACCGUCAGAUCCGAGGUGAUGCCCUCCUCCCCGGUGGUAAUCCAUCAUGUCCAGAGCUCCCGAGUGCUCAUGCAGCAGUCCCAGCAGUCUGCAGCCCUGACCGUUCAGUCCAGUCCUCCUCUCACCCCCAGCCCCACGCGGGUCCCUAGUCCCAAAGGCCGGGAAUCUCCCAGGGGUGCGUCCGUGGGUCCGCCGAGCCCCGUCCAUCAUAAGAAGACAAACGGGAACUCUGUGAAUAAUGGCACCCAGGAUCUUGUCAUAGAGGAGCUGCAGAGCAAUAAGGAGAAGAGCAAAUGCAGAGCAAUGUCCAUACAGGCAGCGGAGAAGGAGUGGGCGGAGAGGAGGCAGAACCUGGGUCAUUACGACGGGAAAGAGUUUGAGAAGAUCCUGCAGGAGGCCCAGGCCAACAUGAUGAAGGGCAUCCCCAGCCUGGAGGUGGAGGAGAACACGGCACUGCCCCCUGCUGCCAGCGGAGAACAACCCAACACCCAUAGUCCUCUAGAGUCACCUACAGAAGAGCUCCGGUCCGAGCCUGACUCUGACAAACUGGUCAAAAAGGGGCCAGAGAAACUGCCGAAGCCCGUGUUGGAGAAACCAGCCAAGCCGGUGCUGGAGAGACUCUCCAAGAACAAGCCGGCGCCCAUCGACAUUGUCCCCAAGCAAGGGACCGAGAAGGCCAGCAAGUCCCCACCGCCGCCUCCUCCCAGGAAGACCUACCCCGGCUCCAACUCCGGCUCAAACUCCGGCAUGACCACCACUCGCUCUGGGGAGGUGGUCUUCAUCAGCAGGAAGGAGUCCGUCUCAGCUCAGGAGGGUGACGAGGAGGUCCCACCUCCCACUCCCCAGCCCAAGCUCACCAAGGUCCCACCAGAGACCAAGCCAAAGCCUCCUACCCCUCCGCCGGUUAUAACGUCUGUCUCCAGAGACGAGGAGGAUGAAGGAGACAAGAUCAUGGCAGAGCUCCAGGUUUUCCAGAUGUGCACAGUUAAGGAUGUAGGGGUGAAAAAUUUGGUAGAGCCCGGCACUCGAAUUGAACCGCAAAUCAGAGAGCUAAGACCGGGGGCCUUGUUGCCCCUCAAAGAGAAAAAGCAGAGUUCAGAGCCCAGUCGGGAGGAUAAAGAUCCAGACACGGAUGAAAACGGGAACACCCCUGUGCGACAGAGCCAAGGGGUCAUUUACUAUGUGACUGGCCAGAUUCCCAAAGAUCUCCCAGCCUCGUCAGGAACGGACGAGACCCCCGAGCACCAAGAGCCCGCGCAGCCGCCAACACAGGUGUCAAAUGUCAAUGUUAACGACAAUUCUCCAAGCCAGGAACAGCAGCCGCCACAGUCUCCACCACCCAAAUCACCCCUGCCUUUAACGCCUCCACCGAUUUCACCUAAACCCGUGGGACUGACCAAAUUCAAACUGCCAAAGAAGCAGGUGAAACGCUCCGAGUCCUUGAAGACCAAGGUGGAAAUGGAGAAGGGCAAAAUGCUCAACAAAAUGAACACUGAGAAGAAAAGUAAAAUCAUCCAGGAGCCUGUUUCUUCCAGUAAGAAUAUAAUCCCAGAGGCAAAGGAAACCAGCACAGUCAGCGCCGUCAGACAGACUCCUAAACGUUCUGUUUCGCCAACGAAAAAGGCUCUGAGUGAAAACCGUGAUCCACCGAAAGCUAUUUUUGUGGAUGACGACGGGGGCGCAGGUCUUAGUGUUGAUCUGCCUGGAGAAGAGGCGCCUCCACCUCCUGACAACAUAGCAUUUAUGAUCACCAACACCCAGGUUCAGUCUCUGUCUUGUGGUGAGUACCAGGAUCUGGUCAACGCCAAGAAGGCAGGCGUCCAGACAUACACCCUAGGAUGCGGCCAAAACCGAGGGAACGCCGCGGGGGAUCCCAACGCGUUGCCGGAUAAUGGCUUCAACAAAAAGCCCGUCAUCAUCAUUUUCGAUGAGCCCAUGGACAUCCGCUCGGCCUACAAGCGUCUGUCCACCAUAUUUGAGUCUGAGGAUGAACUGGAGAGGAUGCUGUCACAAGAGCGCAUCGAUGAGGAGAGCGAGGAGUCGGACUCGGAGAGGGGUGGUUGGCUGCAGGUAAAAGCUGAGGCGAACAAAUCGGUUGUGGACAAAAAGGUCAGAUAUGCAGAGGGCACCGCCGACCACAACAGCUUAUCGUCCUCGUCUUCGUCCUCGAUAUCAGAACUGACGGACAGUGGAAUAAACAUGGAGACGAACGAAGAUGCCAAGCAGGACAGUAAGAAGAAGUUCAAGUUUAAGUUCCCCAAGAAGCAGCUGGCGGCGCUGACCCAGGCGAUUCGCGCCGGCACCAAGUCGGGCAAGAAGACUCUCCAGGUGGUCGUAUACGAAGAUGAGGAGGAAGGUGACGGUACCAUCACGCAGCACAAAGAAGCAAAGAGAUUUGAGAUUACACGUUCAAAAUCUUUAGCGGACGCGGCCAAUGUCACAGAUUCGGCCACGCAGCUGAGGAGGCAGAACUCCGACUCCCAUGGCCGGACUGAUGAGAUCCGGAAGAACACCUACAAGACCCUGGACAGCCUGGAGCAGACCAUCAAGCAGCUGGAGACCACCAUCAGCGAGAUGGGCCCCCUCUCCCCCGAGGAGCCCGUCCCUCGGGAGGAGGCUAAAGACGGGAAUGUGAAGAGCUCAGAUGUAGGGGGGCUAAAGAGGUCGUCCUCUCUCCCGACCUCCAGAGGGUCCGGCCCUAAGGUACCCGGCAAGAAGUUUCUGCAGCCGAAGCCUAAACCGCAGCUCCUUCCUCGCCCUGUAGUCUUCCCUACUACCACCACUUCCACUGCCUCCACCAUCACUGUCCCCAGUGCCCCCAUCACCGUGCAACAGAACGCCAGUGUCGCUUCCCCCACUAGUCGGAUGCCCGUCCCUUUGUCUGCGAAGUCCAGGCAGUCGCCGGGUACUACUGACAAAGCAGGAAAACAGCCAAAACUGCAGGACGCUCAGAGGCAGUUCCGACAGGCUAACGGAAGUGCUAAAAGAGUGGGAGGGGAUCAUAAAACUACUUCCCCUACUAUACCCACCUCUAAAAUCCCUGCUUUUUAUCCUAGCUCUCCUAAAGGCAGUUCCCAGUCUGCACCAAACUCAGAUGCUACUAAUCCCAUUAACCCUUCCUCCUCAUCCUCCUCCUCCUCCUCCUCUUCUUCUUCCACAAAGUCCUCCAUCCUGUCCUCUCCUCGUUCCGCCACCUUGCCCUCCUCCCACAUCCCCUCCUCCCACAUCCCCUCCCUGUCUAACGGAUCCCUCAAACUCCCCACACCCUCACAGCACACAGGUAAAGCUCUCUCGUUCUCCUCGCAGACCCAGAAUGGUCGAGUGCACUCCUCCUCCUCCUCCUCUUCAUUCUCCUCCUCAUCCUCCUCCUCCCCCUCCCCUCUGUCGCCCACACCUGUGGGCCCGGGCGGAAAGAGCAUCCGCACCAUACACACCCCCAGCUUCACCAGCUACAGGUCCCACAACGGCAGCAGCGGCAAAUCCUGCAUCCCAACAGCCACAUCAGCUAAGGACACUACUUAGCCCCACUAUCGCCCCCCUGUGGUUUUACUGCGCAGCAGGUAGAUGUGGUCAUGUUUUAUUUUAGUUUGGUUUGUUUGUUUUCUCUCCCAUUUUUUAAAAGUUUUUGUAAAAGUAUUAAGUGAUGCACUCCCCCCCGCGACUCUUGUUUUAUUUGACACCGGUAUUCUCACGUCGAUACUUUUAACCCUUUUGAGUUACUUGGAUUGUACUUACUUGGAUUUGAUUCUCUCCUGAAGGUGUUCCAGAUGUUCUCACAAAAGAUUUUACAAAUGAACUUUAAAAAAAAAAAAAGGUUUUCCCACUUUUUAGUUGAAGUGGAAGGCUUUCGUGGUGUUGAAAAUCUAUUUUUCUUGCUGUAGCUAUGAAUAGGGAAUAUACAGUUGAUGUACAAUCACAAAGUACAGUGUAAAAAAAUUGUGUUUUAUUUUUCAAACCAGAGAUUGAAUAAUCAUAGUAUAUUUAAUCUUCUAUUUUCCUGUGUUGCCAGACAUUCAGCAGUCCUGUAAAUGCCUUUUAUGAACUUAUACAUUCGUGUAUACAGACAUUUUAAAAGUCAAUCUCACUUUGAACUGAGAGUAUUUUCUUAUUUUCUCUGCCAAUUUCUUUUACAGAUAUAUAAACAUACACAACUGGGAUCAUGAGUAAUACAAGUUUUCAUUUUAGUGUGCCUCUUUGCCAAAGUUGUCAUACUAUGACUCACUUCAGGCCUAACCCAGUCACAAGAUUUAGGGGAAUUUACAUGAACUCUUCUAGGUUGAAGUGUUGACCUGCUUGUCUUGGUUUGUUAAGUUAACAUGUAUUGUUGUCUAAAUGUAAACUGUACUAAAAACAAAGAAAUGAAUCAGUUCUCCCAUGUGUACAUAGACGCUUCUACUAAGAAAAUGAGUAGUUUUGUUAACAUACCAAAGUUUAUUUGUAUGCAUGCCUUUCAAAAACUUUAGGAGAGUGGUGUAAAAGAAGAAUUAUGUUUGCACAGAUAGAUUUUUGUAAAUAUUUGGUUUUCUCCUCCUUUUUGUAAAGCUUUAAAUCAUACUAUAAAAGAGCAAUGUGGUAAAGAUGUGUUGGAGUAGCAAAAAUAAAGAAUUGCAUGCUUGUAA